GUAACCUGCUACAUGGUUAUUGAUGCUCAGAGAAUCAUACAGAACAUGGUCUUUUGAUCUCGACACAGGAAUAAGAUUUUGUCGACAGUACAAUUUGCAACUUGCAAUUACAUUGUAAUCACCAAAGCCAAACAAAUGCAGGAUGUAUCUGAAAUAAUGUGUUUUGGAGCCUGCACGUCUUCAAACGGAGUGUGACGUAGCGACGUGCACCAAGGUUUAUUAAAGUAUGAUCGUUGAGAAUGAGCUCAAGUGACCGCACUUGUGAGGAAUAUUGUUCGCGACAUGGAGCAAAUAUGACGCUGUAGUGGUGGUUCGAAAAGUUUGAUGAGUUGUAUUGUCGAAGCAUCGAGUAAUAAUACUGAUAGACAACAGUGGAACUGCGCAGAGUUCGCCUCAGUCGAAGCUGGACAACGACGGGGCAGGCAGAGAGCGACGAAACCGUCGUGGAUUUAUUAUGCCCAAUUUGAACAGUUAUUGCCAAUCGAACCGGUCGGACCCAUGGUGAAGAGAAAGAAAACGUCGCCCACUUCCGAAGAGCAUGAGAUUUGCAUGACACCGGGCUCCAGGGAAGGGAUCGGUGUCGAUGGGACAGCGAAUCCUUCCAGAAAAGCCGACGAUUGCGACGAGGAGGAGAGCGGAGAGCAGGCGACCGAGGAGCGCAGUACAAAGGGAGACGAGCGAGUGGAAAUUCUUAAUCCAGCACCCGCUACUCUCAGCCCCGGUUCGGCUCAACCCGGACCGGGUCUCAGCCAUCAGACCCAGCCGUCGGUGGAGCCCAGCACCCCGUGUCACGACCAACAUCAUUUUCUCCGAUCGAGCGUUCGACCCCCAAGCAAAAGGAUCCGGAAGGAUUCCAUCGGCUCGGCCAUCAACGGCCAUGGCGGGCCCAAAUCGAAAGGAGCGGAGAACGGUUCCUCUUCCCAGGGGGCUGUGGGACAGUCUGGACCCGUGGCUGGCUCUUCGGGAGGAGUCUCCAAGAACGCUAAGGGCCAAGGACCUGCUGAGAAGGAGGAGCAAGCCGGUAAUCAAAAGCGAGCCCGUCGACAGUGGGAGUCUUGGAGCGCAGAGGAUAAAAACAGCUUCUUCGAAGGGCUCUAUGAGCACGGCAAGGAUUUCGAGGCCAUCCAGAACAACAUCGCCAUGAAGUACAAGAAGAGAGGCAAGCCAGCUAACAUGGUGAAAAACAAGGAACAGGUCCGCCACUUCUACUACCGCACGUGGCACAAGAUCUCCAAGCACAUUGACUUUGCCAACGUGUAUACCCGAGUGCUGAAAAAAUCCUCUCAGGAGCUGUAUGGUCUCAUCUGCUAUGCUGAGCUCCGCAAGAAAGUAGGAGGGCUCAUGGAUGACAAGAAUGUCGUCAAGCUGAAUGAACUCAUCCAACAAGGGGCCACCACGGUGCGCUCCAAAGGGAGGAACUUACGAAUUAAAGCCCCCAUGUGCCGUGCACUGAAGAAACUUUGUGACCCGGAUGGAGUAAGUGACGAGGAGGACCAGAAGCCGGUGCGCUUACCCCUGAAGGUGGCGGUGGAGCUUCAGCCACGCAGCAACUAUUCCUGGGCCCGCGUUCAGAGCCUAGCGCACAACCCUCGCCUCAGAAUGGUGGUGGAGCUUCACAGAAAAGUGUCCAGCCUCAUCGAGUAUCUGAAACAGAAGUGGGCGUAUCAUGACCAGAGAAUUAUCAAAAGUCUGAUGGAAAGGGAAGCUUUAGAGGGGACUCAGUGUGACGCCGCUUCUCCGACGAGCAAAGCGCCGCCUGAGGAGCUUUUCCUUUUCCCGGCCGAGAGCAGCUCCCUGACCACACUACCCGGCGUGGCUCGCGUGGUGCACUCCAAGGCCUCGUGCACAGUCCACUGGCAAGAAAGUGGCAAAGCCCGGCCCAAUGCCAAAGAGCUUCCCGCCGCCCAGAUCUUGGGUAUUCACACAGCGCCGCCUUCGCGUACAGGUACAAAAUCCGGACGAGGAAACGCAGCUCCGACUGCUUCGGCGACGACGCCGAGUGACACUUGUCAAACGGAGACCCCGAGCCUUGAGGUCACAUCCGAGGGUUCCGCCAAGGCGGAGGAGAAGAGGCCAUCAUCUCUAUCCGUCCUUGCUCAGCAAGUGGUCAUUCCUCGGGAGGAGGCAAACGGGGGAGGACUUGUUGAGGGGAGCAAAACCUCCACUCCGAGUUUGGAGUCCGGUGGCGGGCAAGCAGGGACCAAAACGACGGAGGCGUCGUUUAGCGGUGCCGACGACUCACUCGAACCGUGCAAGGAAGAGCCGAGCGGGAACCCCGCCUCCUCCUCAGAUGCCAUCCAGACUGCUCCGGCCAAGCUCUGCGCGGUCGUUCCCGAGGACGGGGUGCCGCAGAGCUCGCCCCCUGCGGCGAAAGAGCGAACCGUGGAACAGAUCAGAGGGGAAGGAUGGAACGUCCGCGACGCCGAGAAUGUCACGCUGGCAGAGUUGUACUUAAUGUUCGGAAAGCCUGGCAAGCUGCAGCUGGAGUACGAGUGGCAGGCCAGCUCACGUCCUCACGAAAAAGGCCGAGCGCCGUCGCAGCACAGACCGUACGGGAAACAACGAGUGCUGCGCUGUCUGCUGCGACUGGUCACCACAGAGGUCAACCCCAAACCUUUGGCGCCUGAGCUUUGUUCCACGGCCACAUCGCCCCUCAAGACUCCCCAGGACGAUCAAAACCAGGCCCUCACGCCUCCGGGGAAAGGUCCCAUUCCAGGGGUCCGUAGCCCGGGUUUUGGCCGGCAGCCGGCCUCUGUCCGAGGUGCCAAGUUACACCUGCCAAACGUGGGGGGCUCAGGUGCACGCAACCUUCCCCGCUCUCUGCUGGGCUCAUCGGGGGCAGCGGCCGGCGACUCUGAAGGCAACGUGUUUGCAGUACCCACCACGCUCCCCCCGAACAGUUCCCGCCACAGCCGAAUUUUCUCCCCCAACAAGGAGGCCGAGUUGGCCCUGAGGCAGCAGCUCGACUCCAUCAGUAUGCAGUCGGAUCUUUUCCUCUCACGGCCAAGAAAACCUCGAAACAAACUCCGGAAGCCGCUCGUCGUUCAGCGAACACUCCUACCGCAAAUUACGGGGGACACUUCGCAGCACUUCUGCUCCUUAUCCAUCCUCUCCAACUCCUCCGCCACAGGAACUGGAUCUUUCCGGCCAAUUCAAACCCGGCUUGCCCCCGCCUGCCUCCCUCUACCGUCCAAAGCCUCUUCCUCAGCGGCCUCCGGCUCGGCAGGAGCCAGCCAGCUCUCCAGUGCAAUUGACCUUGCAGCUAAGACUGCGGGUAUCAUUCCAGGAAGUCCUUGCCGGGACCCGGAUUCUCCUGCACCGGUCGCCCCUGCGCCGAUUGUUGAUACUGAACCAGACUCUCAGCUCCUCCAGCACAAUGUCUCAGAGAACGGUCUGCCUCCGCCAUCUCCUGGAGUGACGGGGGGUGGAGACUCGCUCCUCUCUCCACCCAGCGUGGCUUCAUUACUGGACAUCUCUCUGCCGGGCCCCCCUGAGGAAGCUCUGACCCCGGGAGAGAAUCAAACACACAUCAGCGACUCCAUCAUUGAGCUGGCCAUCAAUUCUGCCCACUACGGGGAGGAAGCGGCACUCACUUCAGCUAAACUGAGUAGCGGCGACGGUUCCAAACUGCUGGCCUCGUCCCCUUCCGUCAGCCCGUCCCGGGGCUGGAUCCCUUCGCCCAGCCACGACCCGCAGUGGUAUCCCAGUGACUCAUCCGACUCCACUCUGGGAUGCCUCCUCUCCAGCAUGGUUUCUUCUGAAAAGGGCAGGCGGAGCACCCUCACCCCCUCCGGCCCCUCCAGUGGCACGGCUUUGCUGGGUCCCAGCCUGCUUGACUGCAACUCGCAUGAUUCCUUUCAGUCGCGCGGUCUUCCAGAUGUGGCAGAGAUGGACUCGCAGCUUGCCUGCAUGAUGAGCGAGAGCAGCGUGGACUACAUUGCGCGCUUCAACGACCUGGCUCAGGAGCUCGCCGUGGCCGAGCCUUCGAUUCCGCCCCCCUGAGUGGGAGGCGGGACGGCUCAUUCGACACCAUCUGGACAAAGCAAGUGAGCGCGUUCUACCGGCUACCGAGGAGCAAAAACGACUGCGGAAACAGACCAGUACCGAAAGCCAUCCCUGCUCUGUUUUUAAGUGCAAUAAUUACAUUGUGACGGCCGCAUUGUUCAAAGACAUGUUGGCUGCACUGAACUUUUUGCAACGAGAUGAAAAUGCCCUUUAAAGACUCAUGCGCGAGCAAAACACAACCUCAUGUACAGGAAGUUACUCUGCCAUAUCUGAACAAAAAUAUGUCACUGAUCCUGUGUUUUUUUUCUUCUGUUUUAUGUCAGUCCUCGAAAAUGUGCAAAUCCACCAAAAUGUGCAGUUACACUACUCACAAAAAGUUGAGCAUGUUUGGAUUUGGAUGAAAUUCCAGUACGAACCGAAAAUGCACUCUUAACUUUUACCGUCUUUAGUCUUUUGAAUGCGCAUAUCCCGGCUGUCCGGUUUUCAGGACGAGGAGCCGAAUGUCACAGCAGGUUGCGACGGAAAUGCAGCGAGACUGCAAGUCACAAAAAGGCCUAGAAAUGGAUGUUCGUGAAUUUCAAUGAUAAACUCCUUUUUAGAGAUUAGCAGGUUGAACGUGCGCACUCUAAGUUUAGAGGAGGUGAAAAUUGGAUUUCCGCUGUCAAGGUUGUAGCGCGUUUUGGUUCAUUGUGAAUGUUGACCGGAAGGCUCAGUACCCUUUACAUUUUUGUGAGUAGUGCAUACAUACCGACAAAAGGCGAGAACGCAACACUACAAUCUCGAUCGUGCUCUUGUUGAAGUUGCCUUGUAUUUCUUAACGUUCAUAUCGUCUCCAUCCGUUCCGUUUAAGCAGUUUCGUGAACAUUUACGGCAUGUAUUCCGUUUUUCUUUGAGGUAGGAAGCAAAGUGGCAGCUCGGGCCGUGAGAAAGUUGGAGGAAUAACUCUUCGGUGACUUCAUUUCAAUUUGGUGCUGAAAUAUUUUAAAUCGGUGUAAAUUUCCCGCCUGUUUGUUGAACUUGUAUCUGUGAUAACAAAAUAUUUCGAGCUCCACCGACUGAUCGAAACCUUUUGAAUUUAUUAACCAAGUACACGGAUAUUCAUUCUACUCCGUACAUUUUUUUUUUUUUAAUUGAACAGUAACACUCCUUUUAACUUCCAAUGUGAGUGUGAGCAACGGAUUUACUUUUCGUGACAUAACAUUGGACUGGUUGUGUUGAAGCCAGUUGAAAAGUUGACUGAUACCCAAAGUGAAUGCCUGUGCCAAAGUCACUCCAAAUUGCUACCGCGCAGCUUUUACCCCGGGCUGCUCUUUCGAUGGUGAUGUUGAACAGACACUUUACCCGUUUUGGUGCUCACACAUCU